AUUGCUGACAACACUUCUACAUACGGACAACAAGAACUGACACAACCUGAAUGAAUAUAGACACAUUGUAACAAGCGAGCGAGUGAAUAAACCGACUGUUAAGAAAGUAAGCGCAGUUUUAAUUAAUCGAUUAGUUAACGUUGCGAUAGUUGAAAGGGUUAUAAUUUAUAAGAUACCACAUAUUGGCGACUAAGGAAGGGAUUUUUCAUCUAGAAGAUACGGAACGGAAUACAGGCUGGUACGGUGGAAAAGCGCAAAGGUCUUAGAGACUGUAAACAGCACUGGUCACUAGACUGUAAAUAGAAAGCGGCUUUAACACAGUACAGCGGAAGGUCAAAGAAGACUGUAAACGGAAAGCGGCUGUUACGAGCAGCGCUAAGGUCCCGGAGACUGAAAAGGUAAAAAAAAAAAAUGGAACGAGAAAAAAUAUGUGAACGAAUUGAUAAUGUUUCAGAUUUUAUAAAUUGGAAUACCGACUAAACCAAAGAGCGGGUCAUCAUGGAUAAAUGGGAUAUCCCGGCUUUCAAAUUCAAGCAAAUAUCACCCAACGAAGUUCGUGAUGAGUGGGUUAGAUAUAAACGACACUUUGAAUAUCUUGCCUUAGCCCACGGGGUUACGAACAAAACACGUCUGAAACACAUUUUUCUAGCCAAAGCCGGGCCGGACGUACAGGAAAUUUUUAGUAGCAUUCCGGGAGCAGACGUCGAAGAGGGACAUGGAAUUGACCCUUUUAAAAUUGCAAUUGAGAAGCUCGAUGCAUAUUUUGCACCAAAACAGCACGAGGCCUACCAGCGUUUCCUGUUCUGGUCACUCAAACCACAGGAAAAGGACGAACCAUUGGACAAGUUCCUACUUCGAUCCAUGGAAUUGGCGAACAAGUGUAAUUUCGGCAGAACAAAGCAAGAAAGUAUUGAAAUAAGUGUUAUCGAUAAACUUAUUCAACUUGCUCCUCCAGAUCUUCGCGAAAAAUUGUUGCACAAGGACAAUCUCACUCUGGAUGAAGUUACAAAGAUAGUCAACACUCACGAGUCCAUCAAAUUCCAAGCAGGACGAAUGGUCACUCCUGGUCACGAGCCGGUGUCGAGCGAAGUCUACAGGGUUAGUGGUCAGAGAGAUACUGGAUACGAAUGUUCUCGCUGUGGUCGACGCGGACACAGUGGCAUGGAUCGAAUUUGUCCGGCAAGAAAUAAAAAUUGUGACACGUGUCGAAAAAUGGGGCAUUUUGCCAAGUGUUGCCGUUCGACACGACAGUUUCAAAAGCGCCGGUUCGACGGAAAAUUCGAAGACACCGAACCUAGUCGGAAGCGAGUGAAGUAUCGUGAUGUUAGGCAGGUGGACAAUUUUGAUGAAGAACACGACGAGAAGUAAAAUUGCCCAGCCGAUACAGAGAUUUCAUUAUUAGAGAAUAAAGUAGCGAUCUCAUAGAGAAAACGAGAUGUGGUGCCCUAGCAUUGCUGACAACACUUCUACAUACGGACAACAAGAACUGACACAACCUGAAUGAAUAUAGACACAUUGUAACAAGCGAGCGAGUGAAUAAACCGACUGUUAAGAAAGUAAGCGCAGUUUUAAUUAAUCGAUUAGUUAACGUUGCGAUAGUUG